CUCCCCCUUUCUCCCCUCUCCUCUCUCUCCUCCUCGCCUCCCUGCAAUGACUCUGGGACCGCGCUCCCAGCCUUUUUCUCUCCGGCGCUGGCACGGCUCCUCUUUCCCCUCCUCCUCCUCCUCCUCCUCCCCCCUCCCUUCUUCCCUCCUCCCUUCCUUCCCUCCUUCCUUCCCCCGAAAGAGAGGAUCAGCCGCCCAGGUCUUGGCCGCGAGAUUUGGAUCGAAAGUUAAAGAGCGAGGCGUCGCGGGGAGCCCCGAAGUCUUUCCCAUAGAAAUCUAAAUACAGAGCGGGAGAGAGGAAGAGGAGCCAAAGCACCCUUCGCUGAAGCGGCUGCCAAGGAGGGCGAGCCAAGGCUCCUUCUGGGCAAGUUCGCUGCCCUUCGCCGAGAGGCGCCUCCCUCCUCUCCCGGCCCCCCGCCCUCCGUAUGUGGGAUCGGGGACCUUUUGGGGGGCCCCUGUUUCCGCGGGACCCCUCGGGACGCGCCAUGGAGGGGCAGCCGCCAAGAGGGGACCCCGCUCGAGGCGCCGAAGCCGUGUAGACGCCGCCCGGAUGCGGGGCUUGCCUAUGGACUCUCGCCGGAGAUCGACGCCCGCUUUCGGACCCCAGAGGCAGUAGGUUGGCCCCCGCUCUCCCGGACCUUCCUUGAAGAAGUCGAUGCCCGCCCGGUGGAUCUAUAUGUCCCAGGAGGAAGCCAGCGCCAGCCAAGGCCAAGCCGAGGGAGUGUGAGCCGGGAGGAUGCAGCCGCUCUACUGGUACGCCGUGCUCCUGCUGCAACCGGCUCUCUACCUGGUUACAUGUGCAAAUUUAACCAGUGGUGGGAAAUCAGAGAUACUAAAAACAGGCAGUUCCAAAUCCACACUAAAACACAUAUGGACAGAAAGCAGUAAAGACUUGUCUAUCAGCCGGCUGCUAUCACAGACUUUUCGUGGCAAAGAGAAUGAUACGGAUUUGAGCCUGAGGUAUGAUGCCCCAGAAACAUAUUCUGAGCAAGAUCUCUGGGACUGGUUGAGGAACUCCACAGACCUUCAAGAACCUCGUCCCAGAGCAAAGAGACGGCCGAUUGUCAAGACUGGAAAAUUUAAGAAAAUGUUUGGCUGGGGGGAUUUUCAUUCCAACAUCAAGACAGUCAAACUAAACCUGUUGAUAACCGGGAAAAUAGUUGAUCAUGGCAAUGGGACGUUCAGUGUUUACUUCAGGCAUAAUUCAACUGGCCAAGGGAAUGUAUCAGUGAGCUUGGUCCCUCCGACCAAAAUCGUGGAGUUUGACUUGGCACAACAAACAGUGAUUGAUGCCAAAGAUUCCAAGUCCUUCAACUGCCGCAUUGAAUACGAGAAGGUGGACAAGGCCACCAAGAACACUCUCUGCAACUACGACCCUUCAAAAACAUGUUAUCAGGAGCAGACCCAAAGUCACGUCUCAUGGCUUUGCUCCAAGCCCUUUAAAGUAAUCUGUAUUUACAUUUCCUUUUAUAGUACAGAUUAUAAACUAGUACAGAAGGUGUGUCCUGAUUACAACUACCACAGUGACACGCCUUACUUCCCCUCAGGUUGAAGUGGGCCAUGUGUCUGAGACUGGACCCUGAGGAACAAACAAAUUAAUAAUAAUAAUUAAUAAUAAUAAUUUAAAAAAGAAUAAAAGAGGUCAUACGACAGGGCUAUUACCUCAAAGAAGAAGGCCACAUCUCUUGCCUGGAAUGUGUCUACGCUCUGCUGCUGAUGUCAACUGGCUGCAAAUAUGUUAGUGGAAACCAAUUUAAUGUCAUUUCUGCCCAGUCAGCUCCAUGUAUCUCAGCCCAGUUGCAAAUCACUAUGGAUUUUAACUAAUGCCGCACACGGUUUCUCUCUCUAUCUCCUUCCUCCUCUUUGCAGCUUGCAUCUAUUGAGAUUCCUGUUAAGAGGGUUUUCAUUGUCUGAUGUAUAAUGUUUCAGGAUAACCUAUCAUCAAGCAAAAAGGAUUAACUAGACAGAGAAUGGUUUCUUAACAUAGACUGUUAUGGAAAUCUCCUUUUUAAGUCUCGAAUACAUGAUAAUCAAUAAUCCCCACUCAUGCAUUCUAUCAUUUGGAGUAGCUGUACUGGUAAAUAAUACUGUGUAGGAGUAAAUGCUUGUUAAAAUGGGGGCGGGGGGAUUGUGUGUCUAGAGUUCAGUAUUUCUCUUUAUAUGAACACAACAAAGUAUCGUGACUUUUCUCCAGCACACAGUGGGCACAUUCAAGGUUGUGUAAGGUGGUCCUUUUUCUGCUGAGGAAGCCUGUGAACUAAUAAAGAUGAGCAAACAUUUGGAAUUUACACGUGAACAGAUCUUCUGCUUUUGUAGUUGGGUACUCAUCACUGCAAACAUGUAGAGUCGACCGAGCCCAACCAAGAUGCCCUUCAGUCAUCGUGUAAGAAAGAAAAAAAAUGCUCACUAGACAACAUGUAAGUUGUAAGUGUCUGUCUUAUCUUUAUUACACAAUAUUGUAACAAAUUCAAUAAUCUAGUCUUCAUUUGUAUGAAUGGUUUGUAUUGUACAUAGUUUAACCUGUGUUAUUUGAGCUGCUUAUUAAUAUUAACUUGUAAUUGUCUCUCUGCUUGUUAUUGGUUAAAAACAAAAACAAGGGAAAUGAGGAAUUCGUUUUAUCAGUGUAUACGUAAACUCCAUUUAAGAAGACAGAAUUCUGUACAAAGCAUUUAUUCAGCUGGUAUUGUUGGAAGCUAUACACUUAACAACAUUUACAAUUUGUCUGUAUUUAGAUCUUUUAUUUCCAGGUGAAAAAAGAUUGAAAUGUAUAUAAAAAUAAAAUACUUAAAUUUGAGUUUCAA